AUGACAAAACCUCUAGCCCUCAUCGCCGGAGCUGGAAUCGCCGGUCUGUCAGCUGCUUGGUGGUUGGACAAAGCUGGCUGGCGCUCUAUCGUUAUUGAAAGAGCGCCCAGCAUUCGUGUGGGCGGAUAUGUCAUGACGAUAUCUGGCCUCGGUUACGAAACCCUUAAACGCAUGAGCCUUCUCGACGGCCUUCGAGCCGCUUCCCAGAGCUUUGAACACAAUGUGAUCAGCGACAACUAUGGAAAAGAGCUGUGCCGCAUUCGGUACAGCGACGUCCAUGGCGGGCUGGAAUCACUCGCCGUUCGCCGCGACGACCUAGCCCGGUCGCUUGCGGAUGCUCUACCGGACACCUGUUCGAUUCGAUUUGAGGAGACCAUCAGCCAUGCCACCGACGAGGGAGACAAGAUUCGGGCUGUCCUUGGUGGUGGAGACGUCAUUGAGGCGAACCUUUUGAUCGGUGCGGACGGAUUUCGCUCCAAAAUACGGGAACAGUUUUGGAAGGAUGGCGAUUCCUUGGAGCCACUGGGGUACUAUUAUGCCGCAUACAACUUCGGGGAAGAGGCUGAAACUCACAACGACUGUCACUCUUUCAACAGUCCAGGGCAUCUUGACAUGCUAUUUGCUUUGCGAGACAAAGGGAUGACGGGCAUGCAUAUCUGGCGCGAAGAACGGAACUUGCUAGAAAACCGUCAGAACAAAUUCGAUAUACUUCGUGAAAUAACGACCGGCGGUGUCCCGCAAGUGUGCAACGCCAUCGAUCGCGCAGAAAAAGCCAACGUUUCGCCGGUUAUGGACAGUCUGAAUUUGGUUACCUUACCGCGGUGGUCUCAAGGGCGAGUUCUCCUUCUCGGUGAUGCAGCACAUUGUCUCACGCUUCUGUCAGGCCAAGGCGCUGGCAUGGCCAUCGUAUCAGCUGAGAUACUGGGUAGGGAGCUCAUGAAAACGACGAACAUCUCACAAGCACUUCUCAAUCACGAGACCAAGCUCCGCCCAAGCAUUGAGCGACUUCAAACGCGGACUCGGACUAUGGCCGGGUUUUAUAUCCCGAAGACUGUAUUUUCUUACCGUUUACGAAACCUUCUCCUGAAGUUGAUGCCAUAUUCGUGGAUAGUGUCCUACCAUGUCAACACUCUCAAAGCAGAGAUUGAUUUGACCUGA